CAUGGCGGGUCGGGUCGUGUGAAGGGACGAGAAACAAGCAUUAGACGGACUGGCGGCAAGAAAUACCCUGUGUAGCCUGCCAGCCUCAGCGCCUAAGCGCUCAACUGACCCGGUCAUCGCCCGUGACAGCUGAUUGUCUGCAGAUUGAUCCCAACAUCAAUCCUCCAAGCUUUAAUCUAUCAAUAUUUCGCUCUCUUUCAUUAUAUCAGUGCUUCCGAUGUUAGAUUCUUUGUUGCAUAUUGAGCGUUUUACGUACCAAGGCAAUUCAUAGCUACGCUUUAUUUAUUGACUUCCAGCAACACCAUGUCCGAAGCGCCAAGCUCGCCUGUGCGGAGCUUGAUGACAGCACAGGAAUACUAUUCCAGUUUUCCAAAUAAUCCUAGUAUCAGCGAGGGCUUCCACAAUAUUGACGAGUCUUCGCAUUUCCGGGAUAGUCUCGCAUUACUACGUGACGCCGAGACCAGGAACUUUGUACUGGAUUUUGGUAACGAGGACGCUUGGUGUGCUGUGGACUUGGAGACGCAAGACCUUACUGCAUUGCUUACUCAUAAUAGGUCGAGGUGUUUUGGAACGCGAUGGAUAAAUAUAUGGGCCCCAGAAGAACAAAAAGACCUGAUCAAGGCCAUCACCAGCUACUACGGUGUCUCCGAGCGCCUGCAAGGGCUAAUGUGCACCGAUCCAGUAACCCGACCAUCAAAACCCACCACCCCUGCCCAACCUGCAAGGAGAAGCUUCCAAUCAAGAAGUAGUCCUAAACUAGCACGCACCAAUGUGGACGAAGAUCUGGAAGACGGUACUGCCUUGAAACCGUUGCCGAGCUCCGAAGAGGUCCAUGCUGCUGCAUCGUUUAGAGGGAUUACGUUUGGUCAUGUCGUGGAUCAGAUAUGGCAUUUUUGCUCUACCGAUUAUGGCCCUAGAUAUACUUGCAUUGGCUAUAACUCUCUUUACUAUGUACCAAAACUUGAGAUGCCCAAUGGAAAGGGACUUCCAGAUGGGAGGCGACUAUGGUCGUGGCUCAUACUGUUUGAUGAUGGAACCGUUCUCUCCAUCCAAGAGAAUCCUUACCCAGGAAAGACAACAGCAUCAGAGCGAGAAAUGAAAGCGGUAACAGCGGUUAGCCGCAGAAAUAUACAAUUAAUAUUUGCAGGGGUAUCGAAACAGCACUCUGCAACGUCUGAAAAUGACUCCCUGGUUACCAUUAGAGUGCGGCCGUUUCACGAUUCUGGCCUGGAGUAUGCAAGCAUCAAACAGGAGGACGGCGCGAGUCUUCUUUUUUAUUAUAUAUUCGACGACUGGGUUUCGAGCUAUGCGCUCGUCGCGAAGCGGGAGCAUACAUAUGGGGUUAAUCUUGAUAGCUUGAGGAGCAGCAUGUUGAACAAACCGGUAGUUGGCCUGAUAGAUCAGCUGCACUGGCUGGGUAGACAACUUGCGGUGCUCAAGCGCCUGUAUCAAAGUUAUGAGCUUAUCAUGACACGUAUUCUUCAGAGGCAGCGUCUGCUUCACGACGAGGCACGCUCAAACCAGUCUAGGCUGCCGUUUGGCCAAACCUUCACCGAUACCGAUAUCCAGCGGACAAUGACAAUGCAGGGCAGUUUUAGUGCAUCAGGCACACAGGAGAAUUCUGUUGGCGUCCGCCUAAGCGCUCCUGCUGUCGCGAGGUUUGAGAGACUGCUUGACCGCAUCAAGCUCUACUGUCUUUCAGAGAUAGAUAGUUGUUUGACAGAAAAAGAGUCGCUUACUUUUCUUAACUUCAACUUGAUCGCUCUGAAGGACUCUCAGGCGGUUGAGAAACUAACCAGGAUAACGAUCCUGCUGGCCAAGGUGACAAUAUUGUUUCUCCCCGUGAGCUUAAUGACAGCUUACUUCUCGACCGAACUCGAGGGCGUCAAAGGAGUCUACAACCAGGUCCAGUACUGGGUAUCGUUUGCCGUGAUCAUGUUCCUGUCGGUCGUGAUGCUCGUGCUCUUCGGGUAUGUUAGCGACACUGUCGAGGGACAGACUAUCUAUCGGUCGAUGUUCCGGACGUUCUUCCGGAAGUCUAGGAACAGGUUCUUAGGCCAGGAAGAUAUACCAGCAGACCCAGGCCACUUGCAUGGACAUUGAGCUGGCAGCCUGGAAAAACCAGGUAGCAUUCCACAGGAUUCAAGGCAACAGUACAGGCCUUAUGACGCAAAUUGUAUAUUCACGAGAUAGACACGUAUUUUUUUUGGCAUCCUGGCGUCAGGCAUGGUAGCGAAUUGCAUUCCAUUUGUUCCAUUUUUUUCAGUCCUAGUAUUGAGCGGCUGGUAGUAUGG